ACCGUCGGGGCUGUGCCGUGCCGCAGGCCUGCCCCGUACCGCGCUCCCGGUGCUGUCGGAGCUGCCUGUUGCAUCCCAGAUACUUCUAGGGCUGCCCGUUGCCCCUCCCGCGGCUGCACCUUAUCCCUCUCAGUGUCCCCGGGGCUGCCCGUUACAACCCCCGGUACCGUCGGGGCCGCCCGUUAUCUCCGUAGGUACACCUGGGAGUGCACACAGCAUCCCCCUGGUACCCCCGGGGCUGCCUGUUACCCCCUCCCGGGGCUCUCCGUUACUCCUCCAUGUCGCCCCGAAAAGGAUUACGCAGCGGACAGGUCCGGGGCUCCCGGUGCCGCUCUGCCCGGCCCCGCAGGACGGUGAAGCGGGAAGAUCUCGGUGCCCCCCGCCGCCACCGGCCCCCUCGGAGCCAAAAACCCUCCCGGGAUAAACCUCGCUUCAGAGCUGCUCAGCCCAGACCCGUGCCCCAGCAGCCGGGAGGUCGCAGUGCCAACCCCUGCCCCGGGCUCUGCGGGGCUCGGGGGCACUUCGACGGCUCCCCGGGGCGUGCCCUGCUCCAUCGCUGCCCCCCCCCCAGAGCUGAGUUUUCACCCCAAAACGGAGCCGGAGCAGAGGCUGCUGGGACCGCGCUCGGCUGGGGAGCUCCGGGCGGAGCGGCCAAAGCCCCGCACCGGAGGCUCCCGGUAGGACGGGAGAGGCAGGACACACACACACACACACCGGUGACCCACGGCACGGUCAGCACAAGAUCCCCCCCCGUCUAAAGCCCCACCGAGCGGGUCCGUCCUUGGGACCAAGCGGCGAGCGCGGCCCCGCGCCAGUGCCCUCCGGCUCCGGCCGCAUUCCUGCCGGGACGCCUCCGCUACGGGCGGGAAUGCGGCCGGACAAAGGGCACUGUGUGUCCAGCCCCCCUCCCCCCCCGGCUGCAUGCUGCCCCCUCCUCGCCCAGUCACCAAGCUCAGCUAAAUGCCACUUUUGAGCCCCGGGCACCCAGCACCCCCGGGGCCCCCGCCCCGACUGCCCGGCGCCCAUUGGCUCGAGGCCGGGGCACCGCUGGCAUCAUUCGGGCACUGCUCGCUCUUAAACCUCGGCCCCCGUGCCCCUGGCACCCUUCUGCACUCCGCCGUGCCCCGCGUACCACCAAGCCCUCCAUGCGGCUCGGAGCCGGCCGGUGACAGGCAGCCACCAUGUCGCAGGGUGCUGGGGGCAGCGGCAGCCUCCUCCUCCUCCUCGCCGGGCUCCUCUCCGUGCUGGGGCCGUCCCCGACGUCGUCCAUCCACGUGUACACGCAGCGGGAGGUGCACGGCACGGUGGGCUCCCACGUCACCCUGUCCUGCAGCUUCUGGUCCAGCGAGUGGAUCUCCGAGGACAUCUCCAUCACCUGGCACUUCCAAGCCGAGGGCUCCCGCGACAGCAUCUCCAUCUUCCACUACGCCAAGGGCCAGCCGUACAUCGAUGACGUGGGCAGCUUCAAGGAGCGGAUGGAGUGGGUGGGCAACCCCCGCCGCAAGGACGGCUCCAUCGUCAUCCACAACCUGGACUACACCGACAACGGCACCUUCACCUGCGACGUCAAGAACCCCCCCGACAUCGUGGGCAAGUCCUCCCAGGUCACCCUCUACGUCUUCGAGAAAGUGCCCACCCGUUACGGCGUCGUAUUGGGCUCCGUCAUCGGCGGUGCCCUGCUGCUGGUGGCCGUGGUGGUGGCCCUGGUCUACCUGAUCCGCUACUGCUGGCUGCGGCGCCAGGCGACCCUGCAGCGACGGCUGAGUGCCAUGGAGAAGGGGAAGCUGCAGCGAUCGGCCAAGGACGCGUCCAAGCGCAGCCGGCAGGCCCCCGUGCUCUAUGCCAUGCUGGACCACAGCCGCGGCACCAAGGCGGCGAGCGAGAAGAAAGCCAAGGGCGCCCCGGGAGAGUCCCGCAAGGAUAAGAAAUAGCGGUUAGCAGGCAGGGAAGGUACCACGGGGGUGGGCACCGGGGCCCCCCAGCCCCCCAAAGUCAUCAUGACCAUCGAGAUGGAGCUGCGGGGGGAGGCCGCCGCGGAGGCUGCUCGCCCCCCGCCCGCUGCCCGCUCCCCCAGCAAGGGCAGCCUCAAGAGCGCCCUGAUGAACAUCAUCAAGCCCAACUCGGGGACCUGACAGCCAGGCCGAGGUGGGGGAACAGAAUACGAACCCCCCUCCAGCUCCGGGAUGGCACGGGACCCGGCGAGGAGCGGGGUGUGGUCCUCGCCCCGGGUCCCUCCAGCCCUGGGGACGCCCCUGCUGUCCCCCCGCCCUGCCCCGAAGCCCCUCGGUCGGUACCUUCCUCUGCACAGCCGCUGCCCCGCCCGGCCCCGGGCCCUGGUGUAAUUUUUCUAUUCGAAGACACAACCUCUCCGUUUUGGGUCUGUUCCCCACCCCGGGCUGCCUCGGUCUCCCCUCCCCGGGGACCCGUGGGGUCCCCGUGGGGUCCCCGUGGGGUCCGUGCUGUCCCCAUCCCUCCCUGCCACCCAAACAGUCUCCCAGAGGGUUCCUCUGCCCACAUCCUCGCUCCUUUUCUGGCCGUUUUCUCGUCUCUCCCCGCGACCGACCCCAAAUGACGUCGUGGGGUGGCCCUCGCCCCAUCCCCCCUCCACCCUGCUCCGGUCCCACAUUAACCCCCCCCCCUCCCUAACCUCUGAGCCCCCUGUGUCGGCCGGAGCCUCGCGUAGGAGGAGGAGAGGCUGCAGCCGGGCCGGAGGAGCCGCUGGUGCCCACCACACCGGAGCUGGGCACGGCUGCCCGAUGUGUUUUUCUAUGCCCUGCCCCUGUGCCCCCCUCCCCCCGCCAUCUCCAUGGUGUCAUUAAUAAAACUCACAUGUCCAGGA